AUGUCUGACAACAAACAAAAGAGGUGAAGCAAAAAAGGUUGUGGAAGUGGUGUUGCAGUUCAGAAUGCAGACAAUAUAAUGGAAGAAAUGGAUCAGUCAGACAAAGCUCUAGGAAAAUCCAGCCAAAUUGCACCAACAUCCAGAGCAUGGCCAGACCAACAAGUGGCAUGUUUUCCAAGUAAAAAUCAGAUAGCAUUACCCAGGAGACAUCACACUGCUUCACCUUUCUCCUCAAAGAAAGAGGACAUGGGAUGUGGCUUUGACUUCAGCUUUCUGCUACAGACCUCAUGCCCAAAAUCUAACAUUUCAACAUCAUUUAUGGAUUUAGAUACUUUCCAGAUAAUAAAAGCACAAAUACAACGAAGGUUAACUGUAACAAUGCUAAAAACCGGGAACAAGAAAUCUGAGUUUCAUUUGCCACCAGUGACAUGUCAGCCUGUAAGAAAAAUUCAUCUUGCUCCUCUAAAGGAUGAUAUUGUCAAUGAAAGCAGAAACAUCAAAAAUAUUUUCAAUAAUUUGAACUCUAUUCCUCAGCCUAUAAAGCCAGUUACUAAAUUUUAUCAGUAUCAGUUAGACAACUUAUUAAACAGGCACAGUGAAAAGUCAUCAGAAUUGAUCAUGGCCACAAUUUCUGGUAAGUUCACUCCAGUGAAGGACCUGUACUACUUCAGCAUUAACAACUGUGAUAAGUGCCCCAACAACCAGAAGGAAGAAAUCCAAAGCCAUUUAAAAUGGAGGGAAGCUGAUGUAGCAAUCCCCACUGAGAAGAAGAACCAGGUGAAAUUCCAGUGUUCAGUGGUUUGUGAGAACAUCGAUCUUCUGACCCAAGCCAGGUUCUGGGAUCAGAGUCAUCCCCUCUUGAGCUCAAGCAAUGCUCUGGUGAGCUGUGGCAUGUUUACAGCCCAGACAGCAUUUACAGUGUCCAGCAGCAGCAAGGCCUCAAGAGCUGGCAACAAGCAAAACGGAGCAGAGAAUUGCUGUAGCACUGAUCAGGAAGAAGAAAAUGCUACAGACUUGAUGCUGGAUUAUAAACCACAGGAAGAUGCUGAGAGUGCCAACCUUGUGCUUUACAAUCAGGAUUUAGCUUCUUCCUGCAAAAAUGAAGUGAUAGAGGCCUACCAAGCCUUGGAAGAUAAUUCUGUAGUUGCAGUAAUUCCCAGAGUAGAAGUUCAAGAUCCCUCUGGAAAACAGUCGGGAAAUCAAGUCUGUCUCUCUGAAUCUGAAAUAGAAAGAGAAGCAAUGUCAGAAGCAACUUCAGAGGACCAAAGUGAGUUCGUAGCUGUUGCUCAUGUUACACUCUCUGAACAAAAGCCAGCUAGGGAACCACACAUUGCUGAACAACCUGGUACAAAAAAGGGUGGUGUCUGUAUCCUGCCUCCUCAUGUUCCUCAGAGCCUCAAUGUUUUUGCUUACAAAGAAAAUGACAACAAUAAAAUAAAGAUUAAUAGAAAUAAAUAUUCAUCAAAAGCUAAAAUUAAUAAUAAGAUAAAAGUAAAUGAAGACUUAAUUGCUUCUGGUGAGGUUACCACAAAAUCAAAUGCCAAGAGUCAGAUUUUUCCAUCUUUGGAACUGACAAAAGUGAAAUCUGAGACUUCCAUGAAGUGUCAGAAAAAAACCACUCAAGGACACAAAGGCCAUGUUGCUCAGAAUGCUCAGAAAAUUAAAAAGCAAAGUUGCUCCUGCAGUUGCAAAAGUUCUGCUGUCUUAAAGAAACAUGUUACUCCGCUUUGUCUGCCAUGUGCACCCUCUGCUUCAGAUUUUGUAGAUCUGAAAUACACUGACAUGUUCAAAAUAAUAAAUUCAGAUGACCAAGGCCCAGGUAUUUAUGAAAUGUUUGGAACUCCUGUCUAUUCCCGCAUGAGAGACCUUGACCAGCACGAGGGCAGGUUUUAUAAAGGUGUUUAUUCUGUUCCACCAGGAAGAUGUACCUGCAGAUCUACCUGCAGUAAAGGAGGAGAAAGCAGCAGAGUCAGGAACACUCAAAAGAAAACACAUUCUAAGCCAAAGAAGACCAUACCUGGUGCUAAACAAAAGCAGAAAGGUUUAAUCAACAAGGACAGAAGGACCAAGCUGAGUGACAGCAACACAGAUCAAGAUAAUGCAACAACUUCUGACUUGGAUUUUCAAACACACACCUUGAGUAGCACAGCAUUGUUUCACGGAAACACCGAUCAUCAGCUCACAUUUUUAGAAAAGCUUUCACAGUCAAUUAAGCAAAAUGAAAUAUUUACAAAUUCAAACCUCUCAACUAUUAAAGAAGUUUCUUUGGAGCAGUCGUUAGACAGCCAGGAUAAAUCCAGUCACCAGAGAGCUGCUGCCUGCAGCCAGGAUCUCCUUCAGUUCAGUGAUCAAGACUGCAGAGAAUGUGCUGCUCCAAGUGGCAGUCUGGUAACAGCAGAGCAGAACAUCUGUGUGCCCCAGUGCAGGGGGGAUGGUGGCAAAGGCUGGGAAUCACACCAGGACUCCAAGUCUGUCAAUAAAAGUGAGUUGCUCUUUUCAGAUGGACUAGAAUGUCAGUCCCCUACAAAAAUAUUAGAUCACAGUUUUGCAAACACACCUCAAAACAGUGGUUUGGCAAAUGAAUUGACUCAGGCUUCAGUGAUUUGGACAAAAAAUGCCAAAAGCCCCAGUUCCCAGACAAGUCAAAACAUUUCUUCCUGGUCAGAUACUAAGGAUGUGACUGAUGAGCUGCUUUGUUGUCUGGCCAAAGAAUUGCUAAUGCUUGAAGAAAAAGACAUCAACUCUUCAAGCACAAAAAAUACAUGUUCUAAAAUACAAAAUGCACAGAGUGAAGAAGAGGAGAAUAUGAUGAAUGGAGCUGGAGCAAGAAUAAAUAGUGCUCUAGAGAAGAAUUGCAGUAAAGCUUUUUUGACUUCAAAUGAAGAAAAUGGUCUUCUAAACUUUGAUGAAUCACCUAAAUUACCAAGAAGCAGUUUAUCUACCAAAGAUCCUAUCAUGUGGACAAGAGGAGAAGUCCUUGGAAAGGGAGCCUAUGGCACGGUGUACUGUGGUCUGACAAGCCAGGGACAGUUAAUAGCUGUAAAACAGGUGGUUUUGGAUACAUCAGAUCAACUCACUACAGAAAAGGAGUAUCAGAAGUUCCAUGAGGAAGUUGAUCUUUUGAAGACAUUGAAGCAUGUAAAUAUUGUAACUUAUUUAGGAACUUGCCUGGAAGACAACAUUUUAAGCAUAUUCAUGGAGUUUGUUCCUGGUGGCUCCAUUUCCAGUAUUCUGAAUCGCUUCGGCCCCUUGCCAGAAGUUGUCCUUUGUAAAUACACCAAGCAAAUUCUACAAGGGGUUGCAUAUUUACACGACAACUGUGUGGUCCACAGAGACAUCAAAGGCAAUAACGUGAUGCUCAUGCCCACCGGGGUAAUCAAGCUGAUUGACUUUGGCUGUGCCAGGCGCCUGGCCUGGGCCAGCCUCAGCGGCACCCGCAGCGAGCUGCUCCGCUCUGUGCACGGCACUCCCUACUGGAUGGCUCCAGAGGUGAUCACUGACGCUGGCUACGGCAGGAAAUCAGACAUCUGGAGCGUCGGCUGCACCGUGUUUGAGAUGGCAACAGGCAAACCCCCUCUGGCUUCCAUGGACAGGGUGGCAGCCAUGUUCUACAUCGGGGCCCACAGGGGGCUGAUGCCGGCCCUGCCCGACCGCUUCUCCAGCGCUGCCGUGGAGUUUGUGCACGCCUGCUUAACCAGAGAUCAACAUGAGCGGCCUUCUGCUCUGCAGUUGCUGGACCAUCCCUUUGUGAAAGGAGGACAGUGAAUUUUUCACAAUUCUUGCC